AAUUAAAUCGAACCUACUCUCUCUUUCUCUCUCUCAUCUUUUAUCUCUCUUCGUUUCUCCGUAAACUAUCUUCUUCGAGAUUGCAUUUUUGAAGAUCUUCUUUUUGGCUUCUUCUUAGCUGCGAUUCAUUUUCACUGUCGUCUCUUCUCUCCAAUUCCAAAUGUUUGCUUGAGAGAUAGAGAGAGAGAGAGAGAGAUAAAGGAGAGGGAGAGUCAACCAUGGGCGUUUGUUGCCCUUUCCUUCAACCCUGGGAUCGAGCUCGGGACCAAUUCCUCCCCAGCCUUCCUUGUCUCUCCGAUCCAGUUCGAAGAUCGUCUUUGCUUCUGAAAUUCGCACUAGUGGUGCUCCAUCUCGUAUUUAUCGGCUUUCUCUUCCUUUUCGAUGCUGAGUUUAUCGAGAAAACUAAGCGAUAUCCAUGGUACAUGGCUUCUUAUCUCUUGCUGUUUUCGGCCACUCUUCUCCAGUAUUUUGUAACUUCUGGCUCUUCACCUGGGUAUCUCGUUGAUGCAAUGAGGGAGGUUUGUGAGACUAGUGCAAUGUACAGGAACCCACCUCCCACCUCAAUACAACAUGCUUCCAGAAAAAGUGAGAGCGUAGUAGUUACUGUGGAAGGAGGAUCAGCCUCAAGUACCAGAAGGACUCCAACGUCUUGGGGGAAGUUAGUUGUGGACUUGUACCCUCCAGGAACAUCCAUAAGAAAUUUGACAUGCGGCUAUUGUCAUGUGGAGCAGCCUCCACGAACCAAACAUUGUCAUGAUUGUGAUCGAUGUGUUCUACAGUUUGAUCAUCACUGUGUAUGGUUAGGAACAUGUAUAGGCCAGAAAAACCAUUGUAAAUUCUGGUGGUACAUCUGUGAAGAGACAACUCUAUGCAUCUGGACGCUCAUCAUGUACGUUGACUACCUGAGUAAUGUAGCAAAACCUUGGUGGAAGAAUGCUAUAAUCAUAGUGCUGCUUGUCAUAUUGUCGAUCUCCUUGAUUUUUGUGUUGCUUCUAUUGAUUUUUCACAGCUACCUAAUUCUGACGAAUCAAAGCACCUAUGAACUUGUGAGACGGAGACGCAUUCCAUACAUGAGGAAUAUUCCGGAACGAGUGCAUCCUUUUAGCAAAGGAAUUCGGAGGAACCUAUACAACGUCUGUUGCGGAAACCAUGUUCUAGACUCGCUUCCCACUGCGUUUGAGCUCGAGGAUAGAUCAAGACCCUACACUUGCAUCGAUAUGUUGAAAUGUCGCUGCUGUUAAGUUUUCUUUUAUAGUUUUAUACAAUUACCUCCAUUGUUUCAGUGUCCAAAAUCUAUAAAGGUAACAUAUUUCCUCUAAAAUUUGGAUGAUGUUGUAUACAUACAUGGAAUCCAAUUAAUGAGUUAACUAUA